GUAAAAAAAAAAAAUUUAAGGAGAACACUAGUGUUAUUUUUGUACUAGAAACUCGCAAAGAUAACUGGAUGUUGGGUCUUUCUUUUUUAAUUGCACGCAUACAAACAUACUAACAUCACAAUCAAAUCUCAAAUCUUAAGCAUGACAAGUCGUACUGUCAUUAGAGCAACUUGAUGUUGGGUCUUCAGGCAGAGAAGUAAAUAGAUGGUGGGUCUUGAGUCUACAAAGAACAGAAUGAGAAAUGUUGAGACCAAAGUCUUCGUCGUUGCAAGCAUACCAGACAGCAUUAAGUCACCGCGUACGAACAAAUCCCAAAUGGCUUGUCAUUGUGUUGUGGGUACGUAUCCCGCCUCUAAAGGUUACCGCGUUCCUCGUCAGCCGCCUUAUUCCGGUUCAACAUCUUCCAAGUCUCCAAUCUUCAUUCUACUCCCUCCAUAAUUAUUUUAUUUACCAAGCUAUGAAAAGAGGGAAAAAAAAUUGAAAAGAUUGGGGGAAUUAUCAGUUCAAACAAUUAUAGACAAUCAAACAGGUCAAGAAUGAUACGCCCAAUAACACAAGAUAAAUAAUUUCUAUCCCUGUCAUUUAUCACACCCACAUAUAAAUCACUUUAAUAUAUAUUGGCCUAUAUGUAUAUUUAUAUUUAUAUGUCGCGUACGAAGAUAAGGUUGAAUGUGGAACUUUCUUCUUCAACAAGCAGUGCCGUAGCACACGAUAUAAUCCAUAAAAUUCAAAACAAGGCCCCUCUACGCAUCUCCAGACUGUGAAGCCAAAGAUCUUUCUUCGAACCCUUCCCCAUUUCAACCAAUUAUUCAACUUCCAUCCUUCUUCCUCAUCACCUUUCAUAUUUCCACAUAAGUGUUCCUUCUCUUAUAUAUAUAAACAAUAAUACAACCCUCCGGAAACCAGUCUCCUUCAAUUCAAUAAUGAUGCCUUCCAUGGCUUCUCUCGAAGGCCAGCCCCUCGUGCAACACCACGACGACGACGUCCAUCAGCAUCUCCGGGAGCUCGACGAUACAACAACCUCCUGGUGCGGCGGAUGCUUUCGGAUUUUCGGAUUCGGACGGUCGCGGGGAAGCUCCGACGGCGGCUGCGGAGGAGAUCAGAGUGAGUCUUGGGUUGGGGAGAAGUUGAAAAAGGUGAAGGAAUUCUCAGAGGUGAUCGCAGGUCCCAAGUGGAAGACAUUCAUAAGGAAGAUAAGUAUGUAUUUCAAUGGCAGGAGACAAAAUCCCAGGUUUCAUUACGAUCAGCAGAGUUAUGAUCUCAACUUCAACAAUAGUGACGAUGAUGAUUUAGACAUGCCUCCUAGUUUCUCUGCUAGGUUCACUGUUCCUCGUCCUCAACCUGAAUCCUACUCCUCAUGAAUAUGUUUCUCCUCUGUGAUUUUGAUGAUCAUGUUCCUCAUUCAUCGUCGUCCCCUACUUGAUUUGCUGUCUUAUCGCUUUUCUUUCAGAAUACAGUCAUUGUUUGAUGUACAAAGUCUUAAGCUUUUCGCCA